AAAAAAACUGUGUAUAGCAGUAGAACACAUCAUUAAUGUUGUAUUCUUCUUACAGAUAGUUUUGCUACGAAGUCCAAGAUGGCAAAGUUCACUCAAGAACAUCAUGCUGGGAAGUCUAUUAAGAAACAAAACGGUUUAACUAUGUUCGCAUCAACGCCCUUAGAGGUAUCUAAGAUUGAAACGAAAGCACCGGCCAUGUUUUCUUCCCUUACCAAGCUGCCAACACCAAUUACAGUUAAAAGAAACACACAACAUCCAAUCAUAAAAGCGAGGAAGUUAACCUUUGAUGAUGGAGAGGACUCUGAUAAUAUGGACGGAGAAAGUAAACUGGAGAAUUCACCAGAAAAUUUGUCUUCAGUCACGAAGGUAACUACAGUGGAAACAAUUAAAAGACGUCGUCUACAGAGGACAAACCUGGUUGGUAAAAGACUCUUUGUUGAUAAGGAUGAACAAAACAAUGUCGAAUGUUCAACCAAAGAUACUACUAGCAACAGAGAUAUUAGCAAAGUUCUGACACCACUGCAUACGCCUAAAAGGGAUUGCAUCUCAAAGAGAGGUAUGAAUGCAAGAAGAUUAACUUUUAGGGAUGCAGAAAAUGAAGAUUUCAGUCCAGUUAAACUUUUUUCGAAUGAUUUCCUCCCUAGUGAAGAAAAGUUGCAUACACCUGAAUCCAUGGACUGGUCUAGUUCUAGGGUGAUGGUGCUAAAUGUUGGGAUUUUUAUACGCCCUAUUAGAGACAAUUCAAAAUGAGAGUUGUUUUUAUUGGAAUAUCAAUUGGUUAUGAUAAUUGUUAUAGUGGAAUAGAACACAUUUUGUAGAUAUUGUAAUAUAUUUUUAAUUUUUCUCUAACUUAUGUUAAUUUAUUGAAGCUAUGUUUAUUUUCUACUUAUCUAUAAAUGUUUAUUAAUUUAUAAAUUUUUAUGUUAG